AGACAGAUAAAUAGCACUGAGAAGCAGCAAACAUCAGAAAUAACACCUCCAGUCUUACUACAGGUUUUCAGCUCCCUCACUUUUACCAAAACUACAGGAUGGCAGGUCUACAUUUCUUUCCUGCUUUGCUGGCUCUCUUAAUGGCUUCUCUGCAGACUCACCAAGGCUUUCCAAUGCCAUCCCUUUCCAGUCUUCUCUCCAAUGCUGUCCAAAGAGCAAACUACCUGCACAACCUUGCUGGUGACAGAUACAGAGAUUUUGAGCAGAACUACAUUUCAGAUGAACAGAGACAUUCUAUCAAGAACUCUCCAGCUGCUUACUGUUACUCUGAAUCCAGCCCUGCACCAACUGGAAAAGAAGACGCCCGGCAAAAAUCGAAAAAGGGUGAACAUUGGAUAUUACAGUCCUACAAGGACAUGGACUUGCUGAGAUUUUCUCUGAGCCUUAUUCAAGCUUGGAUAAGCCCACUACAGAUUCUAGGCCGGCCUUUUGGCAGCCCAGAUGCCUAUGACAAACUUUUAGAUCUGGAAAAAGGUCUUCAGGUGCUGAUGAGGGAACUAGAAGACGGAAGUUCCAGAGGUCUAUCCCUGCUCAAACAUACUUACGAUAAGUUCAGUGCCAACCAGUUUAGUGAGGAAGCAACCCUCAAGAAUUACAGUUUGCUGGCCUGCUUUAAGAAGGACAUGCACAAAGUGGAAACAUACCUGAGAGUGAUGAAGUGCAGACGUUUUCCAGAGUCCAACUGCACUAUAUAAUGGAGAUGAUAUUUUAAUAAAUAUAGUCUAACUAUGUAUAGAAAUAUGCACAUUUGUCUUUCUUGCUGAUUUUGCUUUGCAUAUUAUCUUUUACUGUUACUCUGAUGUACAUAUAGAAAUAAAAAAUACUGUUUAUUGACCUUG